AUGAGUGUGAUGAGAACGUUCCAUGAGUGUGAUGAGAACGUUCACAAAUACCUUCCCCUCAAAAGUCCUUCCAUGUUCGCAGACGUCACCUUCUCUUUCUCGUCCUCUCUUGCUUUCUGUCCCCCUCCCCUUUCAUCUACCCUCCUCCCCCUUCUCCCCACUCUGUCAGGCUUACACGUCCUUACCUCUUUCCCUUCUCUCCCUCUUUUUUCUCCUCUCCCUCCCUCUCAGCUGCGCACUGAGAGUCUGCGCACCGAAGGGUGGGUGUGGGCGGGCCAGCGGGCACAGCGGGCAGUGAGGAGAACACAUGGCAGGCGUUCCUGCCCUCGCCUCGAGGGCGGUGGGGAGGUGGUGCAGGUGAGAGGAGAAGGGGUGAAGAUUGGUGUAGACCUGGAAAGGCGGGGUGAUGGAGUAGGGCGUCAGAUUCCCCUGGCCAGCUACCGCCUUACAUGGAAAGGCAGGGUGGUGGGCGGCGGUGGGGGAGGAAGAGAGGGAGGAGGGGGCAGUGGUGAUGGAGGGAUGGAGAUGAAUGCGCGGAGAGUGGUGGGCAUGGGGAUAUCAGUCAACAUCAGCACCCCUCCCAUGCACUCUCCGCAUCUCAGUGCCACUGCCCCGCUCACACAUCCUCCUCACAUUGCUCCAGCCACUCCUGGUGGUGAUACUGCUGCGGCGGGCGGUGAUUUUUGUCCUGAUGGUGCUGACGUGGAGUCUGAUGCGUUUCCAGUGCAUGGCGAGGGCCCGUUUAGACUGGAGGUUGCGUGGGUCAAGGCUGUCAGGGAUGGUGCUUGA